AUGGCAAGCGCUGUGGCCAUGCGAGACGAUGACGUUGUCCACUGGGCAGAAGUGAUUGAUGCAUUGCUGCAGCACGAGCAAGAAACUUUGCUCUCUACGAGCGAGGGGGCGACCGGUUUUAACGUUGGGACGGAUGCCGGGGAAGUCCAUCAAAAGCUGCACCACUUCUUGGAGCUUCAAUCUCAAUGCGAACGACUCGGAGUCCUCAGCCAUACUGAGGACGAGGCGGCUCUAGUUCUGGCGUUCCUGUUUCAGAGAUUGUCCGAGCAAGAGUCCCAGGAAGUCGCGGCGACUGACAUUGGGAUCCUCUUCCAAGUGCCAAGCUACCGAGAUGCCAUUCAGAGAAGCUCGCAGCAGGAGCUUCCAGAAACAGCACGGUACCAGCUUGCGCGAGCUGGCGUGCAGCUCUGCAUGUCUGACGCUGCCGCCACCUCAUUUUUGUACGAUGCCGAACACCAGCAAACCGCCAGGAACGUGGUGCAGAAUAUCGUGCAAGACACCACUGCGCAGCUUCUACAUCACGGUGCUCGAAUCUUAAUUCUUGGCGAUCGGGGAGCUGGAAAUUCGAGUCUUUGCAAUGCCGCCUUCGGCAAUGCAGUCGCUUCAGCAGGUGCCGGUUUGCCAGUGACGGAGAAGAUUACAUUGUACCCUGCAACAGACGCUUGUCCCGUUCAUAUCUAUGACACCAAGGGCUUCGAGACUCUUGAUGGCGAUGAAACCGCUUUGGAGCAGCUGAAGCAGCUGAUUGCCGAAAGAAGGGAUGCCGCAAACAAGUAUGAAGCGGAUGACCCCGACAGAUUGAAGGAGCAGUUGCAUGUCGUCUGGUGGGUGAUCGAUGUAUUAGCAGGUGGGCGCUUCAGACCUAGCAGCAUCCAUAAGGUGUACCAGCUUUGCAACAAUGAUGCAAUCCCUGUCAUCAUGGUUCUGAAUAAGUGUGAUACUCACGCAGACUUCGUGCACGAAGUCCAGAGCCAAGUUCGCGAGCAUUGCCCAUGGGCUCGUGGAGUGGUCCUGGUUGCCGCUGAACCUAGCAUGGGCCCUCUCAAACUUCAGUGUGAGCACUGCUCUUCAGAUGACAUUUGUGUGAAAACGAAGCAACGGGUCUACAGCUGCGAUGCUUGCGAUUCAACAAAAGUGCAGAUUCAGGCAUCCUAUGGUGUGGGUGAGUUGAUGAAGAUGACUGUGGAAGUGCUGCCAGACAUGGUGGCAAACUCCUUUCUCCGCGCUCAAAAUGCAUGGCUAGAAGGCCUUGACGAGGCUGCCACAGCAACGAUUGCUGUAUUUGCUGCAGGGGCGCUCAUAGUUGGGUGCUCCCCCGUUCCAUUCUCUGCUCGCUUGCUGCUAAUCCCAUUGCAAGUUCUAAUGGUCGUGACGUUGGCGGCGGUCUAUCGCGCGGACAAGAUCUUCUCCCGACGCAUGGCGCUUACCUUCUGCAUGUCCAUUUUUUGCUCGACUCCUCUUGGUUGGGGCGGCUACCUCGCAUCCAACCUGCUAAAGAUGGUUCCCGGCUUGAACGCAGUGGGGAUGGUUUCUGAUGCUGCGAUAGCAUCUAGCAUGACAACAGCCAUGGGUUUGGUUGCAAUGAAGCUGCUAAGACGGGUGCGUGGCAAGGCCCUUCUGGGCGAGGUGGUCCAGCCCGAAGAAUUGGCCGAAAUCAUGAGUGAAGAGGAACGGCAAAGACUCUUUAGGGACUAUUUUGGUCGGGUUCACCAGUGGAACUCUGGUGCACAUGACGGUACCCUCUCGGCGACGGAGCUUCAGAACGUGGCAGCCCUGCACAGUGAUGCUCUUGCAUCAUGA